ACCUAGCCCACCAGCCAAUACAGAUUCUUCUACUCAAUCAUUUUCCCUCCAAAUAGCCAACUCUGCUCGGAACAUGGCCCCCCUAUCUAACAUCACCAAGGUCCUCAUUACUGGCUUCGGGGCAUUCCAGGACGUCCCCAACAACCCCUCCUAUGAAGUCGCCUCGCGCCUCCCCACAUCUCUCUCAGACUCCAUCCACCUAGUCGUCUACCCCUCCGCCAUCCCCGUCGCCUACCACCCUGUCAUCAACCUCAUCCCCAAUCUCAUCCAGACACACCAACCUGAUAUCGUUCUCUCCAUCGGUGUCGCUCCUGGUCGAAGCUACUUCGCCGUCGAGCAAACCGCGCACAAAAAUGGUUACAAUCGCGUACCCGAUGUCGAAAAUAAAACGUUUACUGCAGCAGAGAAUGACGCAGUCUGGGGCUCUCAGCCGCCGCAACUGAGCACCAGUCUAGAUCUCGAGGAUGUGGUUGAACGAUGGCAGGAUCUGACUUCUAAUAUCCGAUUCCCGUUCGAGAUCGGCGGCGAUCCGAAAGCGAAAGCGAAACGGAUCACGAAGUCGAUGGCUGGAAGCUUUGUCGAUGUAAGGUUGGGGGGCAAUGUUAUGCAGGUUGAGGAUGUGCGGUGGAGUGACAAUGUGGGGACGUAUUUGUGCGGGUUUAUCUAUUUUACGGAUAUGGUGGAGAUGGGGAAGGCGGGGAAGAGGAAUGUGGCGUUCAUGCAUGUUCCGAUGUUGGAGGAUGAGGAGGAGAUUACGACGGGUGUGGAAGUUACGGUGGCGUUAGUUAAAGCUAUAGUGGAGAGUUGGAAGGAGAGUGCAGUUUGAG